AUGCUGUCUGCUGCCACCGCGUUAGUCACUAUGGCAGUGUUAGCUGGUUAUGGUGUCGUCACCGGUGUUGAUACCUCUCUCAAGCCUGGGAAAUACUGCGCCUACCAAGAUGUGCUUAGUCCUAAACCUGGAGUGAUGUUCAAGGGAUGCAUGUUCUUCCAAUACGAUUCUCCUGGGAAGGCUAUCGUGGGUUACAACUAUUUCGGAAAUCACUAUUAUGCUUUUUGGUACGAAAGUGCGGUUAUCAAGGACAACACUUUCAUCCUGAAACGUUUAGGACAUAGUGAGGGUCCUGAGAUAUAUCCUUACUACGAAGUGGGCUUCGAUCUCAAGGUGCCACCGGGGUCGGCCGGAGUUGUCCAGAUGGUCUCUAAGAAGGGUGAGUAUGUUCACAAUCUAACAAUGGAGGCCUGCGCGGAGCGGCCAAAACACGCUUCCACCUGUACCGCCAUCCCCGAUGCCUCAGAACUGUCGGCUACUACCGACGGUUCCCUCGCGGCGGAUGAGGAGCUGGUUACAGAUAUAUAUGGCGCCUGCUCCCCCGAUUUCGUCUGCACUUACUUCGAAGCAACCGGUCCAGUCGCGCUCACUAAGUUCGUAGAUUUUCGGAGUCAGUCAUAUACGCGUUCCGCAGUAUAUAACUCAGGCCUUGGCCGCAUAACGUUAAUUCAGGGAAGUCACGGCGAGCGUAUACUGCUCGACAAUCCCUACGUCAACAAGACGAGGCAGUUCGUUAACGUCCCUGCACAGUGGGUCUACUUCAGGGGCAACAACUCGGUGGAAUUCGUCCCUAACAAUAAAUCUAAGCCCAGCGUGGUUCUGACAUUCAGGGCCUGA